CCCCGAGUACUGGUGCUUGGUACCCCGCAGCCGGCCGGGGCUGCGCGAGCCCUUUGCUGGGUCCGGCUCGAGCGGCGGCCGCGCCUCCCGUUCCUUUCCCUCGGUCGGGGUGUCCGCGCGGCAGCGUUGAGGGCACUCUGCCAGGCCCGGUGGGCAGCAUGUCCGUGGUCUUCACCAUGUUGCUGCCUCUAACCCGGAAGCCAUGGAGGAGAUAAGGUAGCCACCCUCUGGGAUGGGGAAGCCCAGUUCAAUGGAUUUAAAAUACAAGGAUGACUUAUUUCGCAAGUAUGUGCAGUUCCACGAGGGCAAGGUGGACCCCACCCCCAGCCAGCAGCGGCCUGGCAGCGACGAGUCCCUGCGGGUGGCAGCCUCGACCCUGCUCAGCUUGCACAAGGUGGAUCCCUUUUAUCGAUUCCGGCUGAUCCAGUUCUAUGAGGUGGUGGAGAGCUCACUGCGCUCGCUGAGCUCCUCGAGCCUGCAGGCCUUGCAUGGCGCCUUCAGCGUGCUGGAGACGGUGGGCGUCAACCUCUUCCUGUACCCGUGGAGGAAGGAGUUCAGAAGCAUCAAGACGUACACGGGGCCCUUCGUGUACUGCGUCAAGUCCACAUUACUGGAAGAGGACAUCCGAACCAUCCUGAAGUACAUGGGCUACGUGUCUGAGCUGGGGACUGUGUACAAACUCAAGGAGCUGGUGGAGACUCUGCAGGUGAAGAUGGUCUCCUUUGAGCUCUUCCUGGCCAAGGUAGAGUGUGAGCAGAUGCUAGAAAUCCAUUCGCAGGUGAAGGACAAGGGCUACUCGGAGCUGGACGUGGUGAGCGAGCGCAGGAGCAGCGCUGAGGAUGCGCGCGGCUGCUCUGAGGCCCUACGCCGCCGGGCCGAGGGCAGGGAGCACCUCACGACCUCCAUGGCCCGUGUAGCUCUCCAGAAGUCGGCCAGCGAGCGGGCCGCCAAGGACUACUACAAGCCCCGCGUGACCAAGCCCUCGAGGUCGGUGGAUGCCUACGACAGCUACUGGGAGAGCAGGAAGCCACCCCUGAAGGCCUCGCUGAGCCUGCGAAAGGAGCCUCUGACCGCGGACUCGGGGGACGACCUGAAGGACGAGAUCAUCCGGCCGUCCCCCUCACUCUUGGCCAUGUCCAGCUCCCCCCACGGCAGCCCCGAUGACCUGCCCCCCGCCUCCCCCAACAACGGCCUUGGCCUGCUGCGCAGCACCUGCUUCUCCUCCCAGGAGGAUGUGGACCUGUACACAGACUCCGAGCCCAGGGCCACGUACCGCAGGCAGGAUGCCCUGCGGCCGGAGGUGUGGCUGCUCCGCAACGACGCUCACCCCGCCUACCAUAGGCGCACGCCCCCCGUCAAGGAGUCAGCCCUCUCCAAGUGCCAGAACUGUGGUCUCGCGUGCAACUCGUCCCUUUGUCAGCGUUGUGACAGCCUGCUUGCCACCUGUCCUUCGGCCUCCAAGCCCAGCCCCUUGCCUGGCAAAGCUUCCGCCCACGACAGCCUGGCCCACGGGACUUCCCUGAGGGAGAAGUACUCGGGCCAGGCCCCGGGUCUGUCCCAUGGCCACUUGAAGGCCAAGCCCUCCACCACAACCACCUCCCGCUGUGGCUUCUGCAACCGGUCUGGCGCCACCAACACCUGCACCCAGUGUUCCAAAGUCUCCUGCGACGCCUGCCUCAGCGCCUAUCCUUACGACCCGUGUUGCAGAAAGAGUGAGCUGCACAAGUUCCUGCCCAACAACCAGCUGAACUACAAGUCCGCCCCUUUCACCCAUCUCGUGUACCGAUAGACUCAGCUGGGCGUCUUCCUGCUACAAGGGCUACUCCACGGACCUUCCUGGCUUCCUGGUGGAGGAGGAUGGCGCCUUGGUUGGGAGCAGAGCCUGCCCUUGACCCUGCAGGUGGCGGGGUCGUGGGCCACCUGGGCCCGCAGGCCACUUGAUGGAGUGAUUCAGCUGUUGCAUUGAUGGCUGUUUUAUCAUCUGAUGAGUGUGUGUGAGAGAGAGGCACUUGUUUCACAUGUAUCUUGGCUUAGUCUCUCCACUCCCUGUUGAGUUGGUUUUGCUGUUAGCUCUUCCUUUGGCAAGAACGUCUGUGUGGGAGCCUCCUGUGCCCGCCCCUCCCACUGCACACAGAGCUGACUGGGCCUGGGAGGGGCCCUCAGGUCACCCCUGGUGCCCCACGCGGUGAGCUAGAGGCCUGCUGGCUUGUGAAAUGAGCCCUCCUGCCACAUGGGGCCUCUCCCCGCCUCAUCCCUGGGCCACCCCCUCCCAGCUAAGGAUCCCUUGGCCCUCAGCCUCCCGCCCCGCCUGGCGUCUCAGAGUCUGAGCGAGUGGCAUGGGGGGGCACUGAGUGUGGCCUCGUACAGCAGGCCCGACUUCUCUUCUGUUUGCACUCCCCCCCUUAUAGCACUGUAAAUAGAAAUUUUUGAGAUUUAUUUUUAAAUAAAUAUUCAACUUGCUGUGUAUUUCAAAGUGGGUAAGAAAUGAAUUAUGUAGCUAUUUAUAAAACGCCCGCCCAGGGUACUUCAGUCUUCCAGAGGAGGGUCUCCGCCCCGCCCAAGGGUGCAAUGGAGCGUGAGGGCAGGGCAGCAGGACACCACCCUGGUUGGGGGGGCGCGGUGGAGCGUGGUCUCCCCUCGGGCUCACUCUCUGUCUCUACACCUACCUCCAGCGUGCACUUAGCAGGGUGCGGCCGUGAGGUCUGUGUGCCCGCGGGCUGGGACAGCCUGCUUGGGAUUCAGGUGCCCCACCCUCUCGCGUCCCCCUGCACUCCUGACUUCUGGAGCAAAAUUGGAAGGAAAAGCCCUUGGGAUUCCCACCCUGCCUCCAUCCCAGUUAUCCUGGCACUGCGUUUCCAAGGACUUGUUGGUGCCAACACGUGCGAGCUUUUUGCACUACAAGUAGGCAGGAGUGCCCCCCUCCCUGGGUAUUCCAAGGCCCCUCAGCCUGCCACCUGUUGACCCCUGGAGUAUCCCGCAGCAGUGCAGAGUAGGCGAGUGUCAUCGCCAGGGCCUGGAGACGCCUGUCGGCCGUGUGUGACUGUGACGCGUGUGUGCAGGGUGUUCCACACAGUGGACUUUUCCAGUACAAAGAGGCAUUUAGCUCUUGAGAAACUUUAAACACGGCUGAAUCCUGUGGCCACUGUGAAUUUGCCGAUGUUCUUCCAGCUCUAUGAAUGAUCUUAAAGUUUCCCAAUUCUUCUCUGGCUCUUUUCUAUCUAUCUAUCUGGCAGAUAUCUGUGGAUACCUACUGUGUACAUACAGCCAGAUUCCAGCCGGCUCAGUUAGCACCUAGACAGACCCGGCCUGGCCCUUCCUUGCUGGGCUUCCUCUACACAAUGGCCUACUCCUGGGAGCUCUGGUUUUCUAGUUUCCCCUUUCCAGAUUGCUCCAGCAUUAUAGCGACCGAGACUUUCAACUAACCAACUAACCGUGAUGCCACGGAACACGCAGUGGAUGGAAACCUGAACCAGCAACUUGUCCAAGGAGGAAAAAGUCCAUGAUGGGACAGACUCCUCUGUGGUCCUAGACUGGAGGGAGGUGGGGGACCUGCCCCCCUUGCUGUGUACCUACUGUACGAGGCUGUUGCGACUGAAGCAGUUAACUGUAUGCUCAUGUUUUGCCUUUGAUUUCUACCAAGAGUUGAAAUGUUCAGAGGUGACUGCAAAAAUAAUAAUAAAAGUGUCUUCCAUUGUUAAAUGCAGUGUUUGAGUUU